AAAAUUCGAACCAGAAGCUUCGAGUAGGAGUUCAGGUUCAGCCUCGUCGCUUUGUCUGCCUUUACUGUCCGUUUCAGACGUUCUCAGUACUGUAAUCGAGCCCGAAUCGCUUCACCGGGCGUCGUUAAUCCCCGCUAGCCGGCUCGGUUGAACUGAACCGCUGUGUUCGUUGGUUUUUAAAUGCGUGAUAUUAUUAAACAUCCGCAGCGUUAGCUAGGCUACUAUAGUGAAGCUAGCAGCGCUUAGGAUGGAGCUCAGCUAAGAUAAGCUAACCUGACCGUUUGUGGAAGUCAUUUACAGUCAUUUGAAGAUUUCUGGGAGUCAUUUUGUCUAUUAGUGUGUGGUUUUUGAAUUUGGAUGGUUUAGUUGUUUACAAAAGCCGAAAUCCGCUCCGUUAGCUUAGCUAAAAGUGUAGCAUUAGCGUUAGCGCUCAGAGGAGCUAACGGCUAAUCCAGGCGAAUUGAAUGGAUUUGUUCGGAGACCUGCCUGCGCCAACUAACGCAGGCGCAGGAGUUAAAAAUGAAGCUCCCCGACAGGAGGAGGACCGCGGGGAGAAGAGGAAACGGGACGGUGACCUGGAGAACACGCAGGUGGACGAGAAGAAUAAGGCGGAAAAGAAAGUUUGUAAAGGACUGGCUAAGCUGAAGGGCUUUGUGGCGGCGCGGCGCGGAGAGCGUGAGGAAAUGCAGGACGCUCACGUUCUCUUACCGGACCUCAGCGCGAGUGUGCAGACGUUGCCGUCACACGUGUCCAGGCUGGCGUAUUUUGCUGUGUUUGAUGGCCACGGCGGAGCUCGAGCGUCUCAGUUUGCUGCUGAAAAUCUGCAUCAGACACUGAUCAGCAAAUUCCCCAAAGGUGAGGUGGAGAAUCUGGAUAAGCUGGUGAAGAAAUGUCUGCUGGACUCUUUCCGUCAGACUGACGAGGACUUCCUGAAGAAAGCCUCCAGCCAGAAGCCAGCGUGGAAGGAUGGUUCUACAGCUACGUGUCUGCUGGCUGUGGACGAUGUUCUAUAUGUAGCCAACCUGGGAGACAGCAGAGCUGUACUGUGUCGAAUGGAGCAGACGGACAGUGGAGAGGAAAGCUGUGUAACUCUGGCUCUCAGUAAAGAACACAACCCCACCAUCUACGAGGAGCGCAUGAGGAUACAGCGCGCCGGAGGAACCGUCAGAGAUGGGCGUGUGUUGGGUGUGUUAGAAGUGUCCCGCUCUAUAGGUGAUGGUCAGUAUAAACGCUGCGGAGUGAUCUCUACGCCCGACCUGCGCCGCUGCCAGCUCAGCCCGAAGGACAGGUUUGUGAUCCUGGCCUGUGACGGACUCUUCAAAGUGUUCUCUGCAGAAGAAGCUGUUAAAUUUGUCCACAAAAUCCUACAGGACCAGAGCGUGGAGGGAAAGGAGGGAAGCUAUGAGGCAGCCUGUCAGAGAUUGGCCAGUGAGGCAGUGAGGCGGGGCUGUGCAGACAACGUCACCGUUAUUCUCAUUUCUAUUGAAUUCUGACCAGCUUCACUACAUUCACACACAAACACAGGAGCAGAUCACUGAGAUGGAGUGAUGAUCAAUGAAACGCAGUCAUAUUGUUACUUUUUUAUACGUUGAGAAUUUCUAAAGAUCUUUUUCAGAGUUUGCAUGCGGACAGAUUGUGGCUGCUAACAAUGAAAUAAAAAAAAAA